GUAACUUUUAAUGAAAUGUAAUCCAAUAAACUCUGCAUUGAAUAAUCUAUAGAAGAGUUUUAAAAUAUCUAAUUGAUAAUCAAAAAUUGAUGAAACAUUAAAAGUGUUCUAAACCAUUGUAUGUUGAAUAAAAUAGUUUGUAUGAAAAAUAUUCAAAUAACUAAACUUAUGAUAACGUUCGUAUCUUAAUUUGAUAGUUAAAUUGGGAAAAUUAUAGAAGUCCGUAUUUGAAUGCUUUGAGUAAAUCAUUUUCAAUAAAAUAAUUCAAAAUAUAAGAGUUGUUUUAGACAUUUUUCAACCAGUUUAAAUUCGAGUCUUAAAGUAAGAAAUAGAAUAAAACUUAAUUUUGAUUGCACACAAUAACUUGUUAUUUAAUCAUGACGAGUUGGUGCAUAUUUAUUCACUACCAAAAAACUUUUUUCUGAUCACAAUACUAAUAGAAAUAUUGCGCCUACUGAUCUUGUUUGGUAAGCACUUUUAAGAAGACUCAAUGGUAGAGCAAUCGACUGUCAUCUAUUUUGCACAUAUAAUUUGUUAGUACUGGUUUUCUUGCUUUUAUUUUAUGUCAAUCAUCUAUGCGAUAGUUGUUGUAUAUCGUCGUACAGGAGUAUUUUUCAUUUCAUAUUCCAGUUAUCUCAACCAAUCGUUUUUGGAUGUAUGAUCUUUCUUACCAUAGUUUUUAGAUAUUGAUUGUUUGACAACAUUUUGACUUUAGAUAUUGUCUUAUUCAUACCAUAAUAUAAUGAGCCCUUUUUUUUUAAUUAGAAAAAUUGUGAUUUAAUUCGUAUUGAAGAAACUGAAAUGCUUUUCAAAAGGUUCAAAUCGUAGUGAAAACAAAAAUGAAAUAUUUAGUACAGAUAUUUUACAAAAAAAAAACAAAAUAUUUCUCAAGAAAAAUCUGUACAAGUUUUUGACGAUGGAAAUUCUAGAAAGCUUAUUACUAAAUAGAAUAGAGAAACAUCACAUGAAAAGACAGCCGUUUAUGAUAUACAUGAGAACAAAAAUAUUGACCUUUCUGUUUUCCUUUUUGUGUUGCGUAGUUAGAUAGACAUUACACAGCCAAGUACUCCUUAUUUUCCUUUACUUUUCUCUGUAAGAAACAAUCAAAUAUGAAUUAACAACAGCAGUUGAGUAGCAAAUACAAGAAGAAAAAGAAAAAAGAUCUAAGAACGCGACAGAAAAAGAUUGGUUGAUACUAUUACUAACUGUAGAUAUGGACAAAAGAUUAACUUGUGCUAGAGGACUAUGAUGCAUCCUUUGCCUUAGUUGUAGUAAGAAACGAUAGUUUUUCUUUCUUUUACAUGAUCAGUAAGUUUUGAUGUGUCCCAAUAGUGCUGGUAGAUAAAAAGAAAGAAAGAAAGAAAAGAAAAGAAAAGAAAACAAAAAAAAAGAAAGAUCGCAUCGGAUGUAUUGGCAUUAUCAUAAAAAACGCAUCAACACGUUUGUACGCACGCCUAUCGAAUGUUGCUCUUACUAGCGAACAUUUAUCAUCGCCAAUCUGGGUUCGCCACAAUCGAAAAUAUCAUCACCUAUUUAUCCUUCAACAUCUCCUCACCAAAAUUCGAGUUCAGCAAUUGGUCUUUCAAAUUCUCCUUAUGAUGUUGCUUCAUCUACUACUAAUUAUCCAAUACAUUUAUCACUUGAAUCUUCCAUUGACAAUCGUAUAAUUAAUUUUGAACAACAAUUCGAUAUGAAUUAUGUUCCAAUAAAUCGAGUACAAGAACAAUCUUCUUUAUCUCCUGCUCCAUUUCAUAAUUCUAGUACAUUGUAUAUUAAUCAAGAAAGACCUGUUUUACAUUUACCUCGACCUAGGUUUAAUGUAACAGUCAAUGGUCGUCUUCAUCCUCAUUCUCAACAUCACCAUCAACAACAACAUCCACAUAGAACACAUGACUUUUCUCGAAUUACUAUUCGAACACCAAAUUUACGUCCACCUCGUACUCGAAUACCAUUUAGUACUCUUAUGCCAACAGCUCGUACUGAUGGCAAUAUUUUGUCUAGUGUGCAUGAUGUACAACGAAAAUUAGCUGCACUUACAUUACAUUUAGAAAAAGAACUUGAAGCUGAAGCAACAGUUGGUGAAUAUUAUGGACAAUGUACUAAAUGUGGUCAAUCUGUGACGGGUUCAUCUGAAGCUUGUCAAGCUAUGGGUGAACUUUAUCAUAAUGAUUGUUUUAAAUGUGUUGUAUGUUCUCGAACAUUACGAGGAAAAGCAUUCUAUCGUGUACAUGAUCAAGUCUAUUGUGAAGAGGAUUAUUUGUUUACUGGUUUUCAACAAACUGUAGAAAAAUGCCGAAUAUGUGAUCAUCUUAUCAUGGACAAAAUGCUCCAAGCACUUGGUAAUACUUAUCAUCCCGGAUGUUUUCGUUGCUCACUAUGCAAUGAGUGCCUUGACGGUCUUCCAUUUACUAUUGAUAAGGAACAACGUUUGUUUUGUCUAUACGAUUAUCAUAAUACCUAUGCUUCACGAUGUGCUAAAUGUGCUUAUCCAAUCUGUCCAGGAGAAGGUUCCGAUGAAACAACUCGUGUGAUUGCUAUGAAUAAAAAUUUUCAUGUUGAAUGUUAUCGAUGCGAAGAUUGUCAAUGUCAAUUAAGUGAUGAACAAACAAUAACUGUAUUGGGUGGUUGUUGUCCACUAGCAGAUGGUACCUUAUUAUGUUAUCGAUGUCAUAUGCGUCGUGGUGCAGACAAUACCUAA